AUGCCCCGGCUCCGACACCUCGAGCGCAUUCGUCUAUACAACGUAUGGACAGAAAAUGUGCCCAAACAAGCCCUCGACCCGCUGGCCCGACGACGGCUGCUGGUGACGAAGCCUGGUCCCGACGAAAUGCCCGAGUCCUUACAACAGCGCCUCGUGUGUGUCAACAGCCACGAGUUAGUUGACGCCUUCUACGUGAUCAGAAUCAGGGGGAAAGUGAUAUAUGUCAGCGAAACGAUUCUGGGAUCGGCCCUGCCCGAGUUUGCCCCCAUACUGCUACCGACGCUCCCAUUAUCAGUGGCUAACUCGCUGAAUUUAGCCAUUGGCGUCUACGUACGAGUGGCAGGAGAACACUGGCAGUAUUUGCUUCGGUAUACCGUGAACUUAAAUUCCUUGGUGUACACGGGACCGCCGCGAGAGUCGAUUUUUAGGACUAAUGCCGUGGCACUAAUGGUGAAUGGGUUAUGGUACAGUCUGGCGCCUUUCCUCAAAGCGGUGACGCUUCCUUCAUUACCACUGCCUCGCCAACCACCAAUUCCUUCCUAUACAUUCGAUACCAUCCGUACUCUCCUCAAUUUGACGAAAUCGUUACUGGAGGUGCUUGAGGUGAAAACAACGCUUCUGGAGAAAGUGAAUGGAGAACUCAAACAGCACCCGUUACCACUGAGGACAGCAGAACAAUUAGAAGCCGGCAUUGCCACGUUAGACGAUGCCAUUGCUAAGAUUAAAGGAGAUAACGAUCGCUUACAACACCGGAUUUUGGCCCAACAAAUGAGCAUCACUCAAAUCAGGGGGUUCCAUCUAAACAGCAAAGGGGCUAAUGGUGAUGUUAACAAUGCUCCCGAUGAGGAAAUGAUGGCCCUCACCACUCCUCAGAUUAAUCAAGAGAUCACACGUUUAGUUUCAAUUGUUAAUGAUGCUUUACCCACCGCUGCUGAGCAUAUUGCCUAUCUCCCCUUUCCUCAAUCUACAGCCGAUAUCCUAGAAGUGUGCUACUAUAACCGGGACUUAAUUACCGUUACUCACGAGGUGGCAGAGCUGCCUCAAGGACAAUGGCAAGCGAAGAUUGACCAGAUCAAUGCCGGCUUAUCCGCUAUAGCCAAGUGGGUUGAUGAUGUCAGCACUAUAAUGGAGUCCAAGCUUCUCUACCCGUUGGAAAUAGCCGGCGACCACUAUUGCAUUGUUGACGCCAUGACUAAUGCCACGCCAACAAAAUACUCCCUCCACUACGAUGCUGACAACACCACGACAUUGGACAAGUUCGAUAAGCGUCUCACCAACCCUCCGUUCGAGCAGGCUCUUGCGCUCUUGGUGAAGACGAUCGUGGCAUUGGUCACAGCGGUAACUGGUGAACGACCACCUCCACAAUCCCAUGAUAACGUGGUGUGGAUGAUCCACUAUUUGGGCUUAUACCUAACCGGUCUCGACACUAGCUAG